AUGGGUGUUGUUCCGACUGAGUUCGGCAGUGCGCGGGUAAGUAACGGUGAAGCGGACGUGAUAGUGGGUGUGAAGGCGGACCUGGUACCGCCGCGUUUGGCAGCACCAAGUCAUGGCGAGGUGUUUGUGAACGUGUCCUUUGCGGCGCCGGCGGCGGCAGAGAAGCGUCUGGUCGAGUUGGGAGAGUCGCACUCAGCCUGUGGGUUACGGUUAGGUUCUUUGCUUGCACAAUAUUGCUUCGGCGAACUGGUCUUCCCCCGUACACUGCUGUGUGUAAAAACGAAGACGAAGAGUUCGUAA